UCUUACACCAAAUUGUUUGACAUCAAAUCUUCCCUAUGCUACUCAAACUAACUGGGCAUCCAAGGGUGAAAAAUUAUGGACAAUGCAAGCUCAAAUAUAGUCAACUUUAAAGGCUGCAAAUUUGAAUAUUCUUUGGAUAGGAACCUAUUAGAAAAUGUAGACAACUUUGAAAUUAGAGAUGAUGAUGUUUUCAUAAUUACCUAUCCAAAAUCAGAUUAUUUAUGUUUACAGGAAUCCUAAGGAUGUUUUGGUUUCAUAUUUUUAUUUUACAAAUUGGAUAAUGACAUUUGAACCUACAGAUACCAUGGAACAUUUCAUGGAGAAGUUUCUUGAUGGAAAAGUGGUAGGAAGCCUUUGGUUUGAUCACAUCAGAGGCUGGUACGAACACAAACAUGACUUCAAUAUACUGUUCAUGAUGUAUGAAGAUAUGAAAAAGAAUUUCAGAAGCUCAGUGCUUAAAAUCAGCAGAUUUCUUGAGAAAGAACUGAGUGAAGAGGUUGUGGAUGCUGUUAUGAAUCAGGCUACAUUUGAGAACAUGAAGUCUAUUCCACAAGCAAACUAUACUAAUAUUAUAGAAAAUCAAUGUGGGAUGAGACACCAGGAAGGACAGAUCAUGCGGAAAGGUACUAUUGGAGAUUGGAAACAUCAUUUGACUGUGGAGCAGAGUGAAAGAUUUGACAAGAUAUUUCAGAGAAAGAUGAAAGAUUUUCCUUUGAAAUUCAUCUGGGACAUAAAUGAGUAGAAAUGUGAUCACAUUGAAAAUUAAUCAUGUGUAACUUUGAUUUAAUUCUUAAUUACACAAAUAUAUUAAUAAAUAA